ACACCCCAUACUGAACGAGCUCUGCGUUGCGAGAUGUCCACCUCAGACCCCCAGCCAUCCGUGGUGGACCUCGCAGACGCGGCCGAGAAAUCCAACAAGACAAGAUUAGUCGAUCUCAAAAAUGGGAAGCUUGUGUUGAGACAGAAACUGCUGUCUCUGGAGAAGAUGUCGGAAACUAUGCAAGACACCGUCAAAUUCCGAGAAUUUAUCGAGGCUCGAGUGCAACACCAGGAAGAGGCAUUAUCUAAAAUACCAGACGAUCACCUACCCCUCAUCGUUAAAUUAGUUCAUGAGAGCGACAAGACUGUUCACGCACUGGCAAAGCACAUUCAAGGCGAGUUGUUACCAGUGCAUGACGCUGAUGAUAUCAUCCUCGACCCUUCGUCCGUCCUUCCUCUCGAUGUCAUUGAACAAGCAAUCAAGGCUGUGGCCACAAGGAAUGACUACGGGCUGGAGAGCACAGCUGGAUCGGGAAAGGUCCCGGCUGCGCUGCACAUCUGGAGAUGGGAGGCGAAAGAUAAACAUAUGGACUGGCUUCCUAGGGCAGCCAUGGAGAAGCUCGAAACUCGGCUGGCAGAACGGCGUCAAGCGAAGCAAGACGUCCAGGAACUAUUUGAUGCGCUACCGGAGGAUGUUCGCAGCGGGUUGCUCGGCGUCAAGAGCACCACGAGGACACCUUUGAAGACGAAGCCCAGCAUGCAGAGCACGGACGACAUUACUAGUCCGGACCAAAGCGAGUCUGGUACAAAGGGUCAAUCGCAAACACCGGAGGUUGACGGGGAUAAAGUCGGCACCUCCAAAGGCUCUGGUAGAUCUAAGAAGCCAGCGGAUCCGGAGAAAGCUGCAAGGGAGAGGGAGAAGCUUGAAAAGAAGGCUGCAAAGGCAGAGAGAGAAAAGAGAGAACAGGAGGCGCAAAGCAAGUCGCGGUCCAUUAUGGCGAAUUUCUUCGGGAAAGGGAAGGCCACCCCUACGAAGCGGUCUGAUUCGUCCACAUCUGCGAAAGCGGGCAACUCGGAGGUAGCGGGCCCGUCAACGACUCGAUCAGACUUUGCCAAGACGUUCAAGCCGUUUGUAUUGAAAAAGGGCUCGGAGAUUGCUCCUGUGAAUUGGUUUGAACAGGCGCGAAGACGACAAUGCGCCAGCAAGACAAGGACCGAAGGCGAUGUGAUUGUGCUAGACGAUGUAGAGGAAGACGCACUUGAUGCGGUGCCCCCGCCAAACAUUAACAUUGGUCAGAUGGAUGCAAGCGAACGGUUGCACGAUAUUCUGUCUCAACCUCAAACCUCCCUUUGCCCUAUCCCCCGUCGUCGGCAACCCCGAUCUCACCUCAAGUCCUACACCCCGUGUUCCGUCCGGUUUAUCAUGACUGAGCUUACUGAGGCGGAAGUGACAGGCGAUGAUGACAGGGUCCGCGCACUGCUGGCGGUGCUGCGCAACCGACGGACGAUUCCCGCAAAGGUACUCAUCUUCACCGAGGACGCCCGCCCAGGCUACUUUGGGACAUGGACUCGCAGCUCGCGGGAAAUCGGGCCCCGCGCACCCUUUGGCAGAGACGUACUCGCUUUGGACUACAGCUACGACAGCGCGGAGGAAUGGGAAGGCGAGGAAGAGAACGGGGGCGAUGACGUCGUCGAGGAUGCAGACGAUGAAGAGGUGGGUGAGGGUGAAGGCGAGGACUCCGACUUGGACGACUGGUUGGUGGACGAUGACGAGGUGGAGGACCCGGGUACCCCAGUGGAGGAACGACGCGAUGACAGCCCGGACUUGAUGCUGGUGGACGCGCCGUACGUGCCGUCGAAACGGAAGACCACGUCAGAAGCAGGAAAGCAAGGGAAGAAGCGGAAAGUUGUCAUCCCACUAGUGCCCUUUACUAAGGGGCCAUGUUGGGAGUCGAGUGUUGGCCGGUGUAGCUAUGAGCCCUUCGAACCGUAUCGGAUUGAGCUGUUCAAUGAUACUUCCUAUCCCAUUGAUCCGUUCACAUAUGUCGCUGCCGUCCCAGAGACUUCAGCAGCAGGAGCCAAGGACCGCAGUGACUUCGCCGUACCCGCGCUUCCCUCUCGACUUGCUGUCUCCAACGCGCAAGGAACGUCUGCACCUUCCGAUGCUUCCUCGACAUCAAAUACCCCCGUAGCAGUAGGACCAAAGAAGCCCGCGCUGACACCGAAGACUAUGUUCCCCGAAGCACACCUGCCGGUACUGCUGUCCAAGAUCAACACGCUCGCAACAAGCAACCUGGCGUUCAUAGUUGAGACGGUGUACCAGGAUCUGCGUGAGCAGCGAGUGAAGAAGAACGCGAUUGAAGCAAAGGUGAAGGAGGUUGGCGAGAAGAGCAAGUCGCAGAAGAUCUGGAUUGUCAAGCCCGAAGUGAAGGCGGUUCAUGGGUUAGCUUAAGGACACGAAGGUUUGAGUUGUUGUGCUGUCGUUAUUUAUAGUGUUUCUUGUUUUCUUGUCGACUAACUUUGGUGGCCAUGGAUCCAUUCAGUACGAAUACAGCAUUAAGAGUGUACAUAUUAUACACGCGUUGGCAUUGAAUACCACUACGGCAUGACAAUC